AUGCUCGUACCGCAGCAGAAACAAAAUGCUACAGAACAAGAUGAUGCAGCUGUUGUACAAUGUUGUUCCUUUUGUGUGGAAUUAGUUGGUGGUACCGGUAAAAAACAAAACUGGAAAGGGCUAAGCAUCGCAUUUAUUGUCAUUGCCAUUGUUUGUUUAUUUAUUGCUGCUGCUAUUUUUCUAACAACAUCUCGUCAAUCUAAAUCUCAAGGUCAACUGAUUCCAUUGAGUGAGCAAGACAUAUUUAAUAUUAAAAUACCACAACCAUGGAACGGGACAUGGAUUUCGGAUACAUCUUUUUCUUAUAUGGAUAAAAAUGAUUCAAUAUGGAUUUAUAACUGUGAUACAUUAAACGGAGAAUUACUGUUUAAAAGAAAUGUUAUUCAACAAGAAAGUAUUGGAAAUGGAAUCGUUUCACCAUCAGCUCGUUAUAUUCUUGUACCUAUAAGAAAAGAAAAAGAUCAUCGAUAUUAUAGUGAACAUCAAUAUGUUUUAUAUGAGAAGUCAAAAAAAAUUGCACCCAUUGGACUUCCUGAUGGUCAAUUCGUACCUUUAGCGGCUGUUUUAUAUUCGAAUUCGGAUAAUUAUUUCAGUUUUAUUCAUAACUUUGAUAUUUACAUAUAUGAUAUUGCACGAGUAACAACUAAUAGAAUUACUCACGAUGGAAGUCGAGAAAAAAUGCAUAAUGGUCUGAUCGAAUGGAUUUAUGAAUAUGAAAUAUUCAAUCAAAAUGUUCUUCUUUUCUGGUCGCCAAAUGAUCACUAUUUGGCUUAUAUUAAAAUAGACUUACGAGAUGUUCCAAAAGCUAACUUUCUUAAAUAUGAUUUAUCACUUGAUACUAAUGAUCGAUAUUCAAUCCCAUAUCCAAAAUUUGGCGAUGCACUUCCAUUACUCGAUGUGUACGUCUAUAAUAUUCGAACCGGAAAAACUACACGUGUACCACGCCCAAACGAAUACGAAAAAUUAAAAUCGGAUUUAUAUAUUUAUCAUGUUGUUUGGUAUUGUGAUACAUGUUUAUCGAUUGUUUAUGGUAAUCGAGCACAAAAUUCUAGUAUAAUACAAUUAUAUGAAAUUCAACCAAUAAAUACUGAUAAUGAUAGAAUUGUAUUUAAAUCACGUUAUAUUGAAGAAACGCGGAAAGGUGCUUUAUUACCACGUUUCCUAAAACCAUUUUUUUCGCCAUCGGGUAUCUAUUGUUUUAUUAUAAGAUUUGAUCCAUUAAAUGUCGAUAAAAUAACACAAAAAGCCUAUCCGUAUAUUGUUCGAAUACAUUUCAAUCAAACACAUCCACAAAUUGAUGCAACACUAUCAUCAGAUAUAUGUGCUGAUGAAAUCAUCUAUGUUGAUAACUCUGAUCAAAUAUAUUUUACUGCUUCAAGACAAAAUAAUACAUUAGAACGGCAAGUUUAUCGAUGGAAUUAUAUGACUGAUCAAAUUGAUUCUAAAUGUUUAUCAUGUGACGAUGCUAAUGAAACAUGUGGUUACGCUAAUGCAAAAUUUAGUCGCGGUAAUGGUAGUUAUUACAUUCUUGAAUGUUAUGGACCAUCAAUUCCAUAUUCGACAUUGUACUCUGGAACACAACAACUAGCUCUUAUCAAUGAAAAUGCACCAUUUCGAGAAUGGAUUAGCAGUCGAUUGAUGCCUUAUGUGGAGUAUUUUACAGUACCAUUAGAUAAAAAGAAUACGGUCGGCCAUGGAAUGAUUAUUUUACCUCCAAAUUAUAAUCCAAAUGUUACCAUUGCAUCAUAUCCUGUUAUUAUAUCUAUAAAUGAUCAAUUGUAUGAUCAGAGAGUGACAAAAAAGUAUAUGUUACCAUUAAUAGAAUUCGCUCAUGUUACACAAGAUAACAUUAGCAUUGUAUUGUUUGAUGCUCAUGGCAGUACUGGCCAAGAUGAGAAUUAUUUAAAAAAUAUCGAAUCAAGUUGGAUUCAAAGUCAAUAUGAUGAUUAUAUAAAAGUAGCAAGACAUUUGAAAGAACAUGAAAAACGAUUUAGUGAAACAUUAAAUGCAACACGAUUUGGACUGAAAGCAAGAGGACCUGCCGCUGUUGUUGCAUUAAAAUUACUAGAAAAACCAAAUACAGGAAAAGAAGAAUACAUUUGUGCAUUUCUUGAAUCGCCUGUUCAUGAUUUACCUCAUUAUCAUGCUGUCUAUACUCAACGCAUCAAUGGAUUGGAGAAAAAUGCUAAAUCUUCACCUCAGCGAUAUAAUAUUAGAAAUAAAAGUGUAGCUAUUGUUCAUGGAACAGCUGAUGAAGAUGUUCAUUUUAAACAUUCAGCAACACUAGCUAAAACAUUCAUUGAAACAGGUGCCAAUUUUCAAUACAAGGUUUAUCCUGAUGCUGAUCAUGAUUUUGAGAAAAAUCCAACGUUGUAUGAUGAUUAUUUUCAUUUUCAACGCCAAUUUUUUCAAGAAUGUCUAGGUGGUCGUGUUAAUAAAGAGCGAAAACCAAUAAUACCAGAAGAAUACGAUUAA